AUGAAGUUACUCCUCUGUGCUCUCGCCCUUGUCGUCCCGGUUGUCCCGGUGCUGGGUCAAACAACGAUUCUCACUCAGGCGGAACAUGCCCUCUACCUCGAACUGAUUUCCAGCAGGGUAACCGACAAGUGUGCCUGUUCAAAAAGUGAUCCCCACCUCACAACCUACGAUGGUCAUAACACGGACUGCCAAGGAAGUGGCGACUACAUCCUCAGCAGGUCUCUUGAUUCUGAUUUUGAAAUGCAAGCGCGCUUUUCCAUCAACUCUCUCCGCCAAGGUACUUUCAACUUUGCCACAGGACAGCUCCAGAUUUUCAAUGGUACUGUGGCCAAAUCAACGGUCUUCAAGUCUGGUUAUGACAGCGAGCCUGUCAUUGAAGUCUUUGCUGGAUCGAACAACGCUCAAAGUCUUGGUGAGUGUGAAAUGGAAUGGUUCUUUGACAAGGUGGAGAAGGCAAACAUUGGUUCUGGAUCCGGCAUUUCAGGCGGAACCAGCGGUACCGGUGAUGGUACUGAUAAUGUAGGCCAUGGUUUUGAAGACCUUGGCUGGGGUGUCUUUAUGCGAUCUGGACCAUACAGGUACCUGUACCUUCGAGAGUCCAAGGUCUACCUCGAGUUCAAGAAGUGGCACUUUGACACUUGGGGCUGUGCCAUGAACGUCUGUGUCUGCCUACCCAACACUUCUCUCAGGAAUGAAAAAUUUGUCGGGUUGUUUGGCACACCGAACUGGGACACCUCCGAUGAAUACAUGGAGAGGGACGGAAAGAAAAUCCCCAAUGGCAAAGUGCCGAGAACGGUUGCUGAUCAAAACGCUUACUGCCUCGAACACUGGUGCAUUAAUGACAAGAAUGAAAACAUGUUCAAAUAUCCUCUUAAUGGUGCCCCAACUACAGAACCAAGCCCCAGUCCCACAGAUACUCCAACAUCCAGCCCAACCUCGAGCCCAACGUCCGGCCCAACAUCUAGUCCAACAGCCGGCCCAACAGGAUCACCUACAUCCUCACCCACUGGACCUCAAACUGGUGCCCCAACAGGUGCACCGACAGGAACACCCACGGAAACACCUACUGGAAGUCCAACCAAGGCAGCAACAGACCCACCAGCCCCAGACCAACCGGAUGACCGAAGUGGUGGUACAGAAGAAGUUUAUGUGAAGGGUGACCCACAUUUCAAGACCUUUGGAGGAGACAUGUAUGAUGUAAGUCGCUACAACAUACCUCAACUGCCAACGCGAAACGCAAACUCAACUUUUCACUGCUGA